AUGGCGGGUGAAUUAGUAGAAUUUGAAGAGGGUACAAUAGGGAUUGCUCUGAAUUUGGAAUCAAAUAAUGUUGGUGUUGUAUUAAUGGGUGACGGUUUGAUGAUACAAGAGGGAAGUUCUGUAAAAGCAACAAGAAGAAUUGCUCAGAUACCGGUGAGUGAGGCUUAUUUGGGUCGUGUUAUAAAUGCCCUGGCUAAACCUAUUGAUGGUCGAGGUGAAAUUUACGCUUCUGAAUCUCGAUUAAUUGAAUCUCCUGCUCCAGGUAUUAUUUCGAGACGUUCCGUAUAUGAGCCUCUUCAAACUGGACUUAUUGCUAUUGAUUCGAUGAUCCCUAUAGGACGCUGA